AUGCGGUUUGUUUGCAGGAGGUCGUCCAAUACGCGCUUCUCUUCGUCAGGGAACAAAGGUCACGUUUCUCAAGGUGCUUCAAAAAAUCGCUAUUUGUGUGUUAUAGUGGAGCCUUGGCACUCUUUAACUUGAAACGCACUCAGGCUUUAUCGUAGCCAUUAUCGGGGCGAGGCUCUGACACCAUCUAUUGACAAUGAGUCAAUGAAAUGAACCUCAACCCGAACGCUCCUCGUCUCCCGAGCUCAGUCACUCCGCUCCGCGCGCGCGCACGCUCAAGCAAAAACAGCUAAAGCCGGUUCAGUGUGAACUCACCUUUAUUUCUCCUAAAAGCAGAAACAGGACGCAUCAUGCCGAAACCAGUCAAUGUCCGCGUCACUACAAUGGACGCCGAGCUGGAAUUUGCCAUCCAGUCUGUCACCACAGGCAAACAACUCUUUGAGCAGGUUGUUAAAACAGUGGGUUUGCGUGAGGUGUGGUAUUUUGGCCUGCAGUAUAUGGACAACAAAGGAUAUCUUACCUGGCUGAAACUGGAGAAAAAGGUGUUAUCUCAGGAUGUGAAGCGAGAGACCCCACUUCAGUUUAUGUUUCGGGCUAAGUACUUCCCUGAGGAUGUAGACAAUGAGUUGAUCCAGGAUAUCACGCGCAAGCUAUUCUUCCUUCAGGUGAAGGAUGAAAUCUUGAGUGACAAUGUUUACUGCCCUCCAGAGACAGCUGUGCUCUUGGCUUCCUACUCUGUGCAGGCCAAGUAUGGAGAUUACACCAAGGAGACCCACAAAUCUGGCUAUCUUUCAUCAGAGCGCCUGCUGCCCCAAAGAGUGCUUGAGCAGCACAAACUCUCCAAAGAUCAAUGGGAAGAGAGGAUUGAGGUUUGGCAUGAGGAGCACAGUGGCAUGUUAAAGGAAGAUGCUAUGCUGGAGUACUUAAAAAUUGCACAAGAUUUGGAGAUGUAUGGAGUCAACUACUUUGACAUUAAGAACAAGAAAGGAACAGAGCUAUGGCUUGGUGUGGAUGCUCUUGGACUUAACAUUUAUGAGAAGGAGGAUAAACUGACACCAAAGAUUGGAUUCCCCUGGAGUGAAAUCAGGAACAUAUCAUUCAAUGACAAGAAGUUUGUCAUCAAACCAAUUGACAAAAAGGCCCCAGACUUUGUGUUCUACGCCCCUCGUCUGCGCAUUAACAAACGCAUCUUGCUGCUGUGCAUGGGGAACCAUGAGCUGUAUAUGCAACGCAGGAAGCCCGACACAAUUGAGGUGCAGCAGAUGAAGGCACAGGCAAGAGAGGAGAAACACCAGAAGCAGCUGGAGAGAGCCAUGCUUGAAAAUGAGAAGAAAAAGAGAGAAAAUAUCGAGAGAGAAAAGGAGCAGAUGGAGAGAGAGAAGCGAGAAAUGAUGUUGAGGCUUUCUCAGUUUGAAGAAAAGACCAAGAAAGCAGAGAAAGACCUGCAGAUGCAGCUGGAAAGGGCCGUGAGGCUGGAAGAGGAGAGGCGAAAGGUAGAGCAAGAGGCUGCUCGUCUGGAGUCUGAGAGACAGGCGGCUCUGCUGGCUAAAGAAGAAUUGGCCAGACAUGCUGAAGACCAGAUGAAGAACCAGGAGCAGUUGGCUGCAGAACUUGCUGAUUACACUACAAAAAUCAGCUUGCUGGAGGAGGCCAAGAAAGCCAAGGAGCAAGAGGCUAACCAAUGGCAGAACAGGGCUAAAGAGGCACAGAAUGACCUGGUGAAGACUCGUGAGGAGCUGCAUUUGAUGAUGGCUGCUCCAGUACCACCACCACCACCACCACCCUUGGUUAUUGCAGAUGAAGUCCAUGUGGAGGAGGCUGAGCAUGAUGACCAUGAUGAGAAUAUGAGAAGCUACAGUGCUGAGUUCCAGGUUGAAGGCAUUCAUAACAACCGUAACGAGGAGGACCGUCUCACAGAAGCGGAGAAAAAUGAGCGUGUGCAGAGACAGCUUAUGGCCCUGAGCUCUGAGCUGGCAGAUGCACGGGAUGAGUCCAAGAAGACCCAGAAUGACAUUCUGCACAUGGAGAACAUGCGUGCUGGGAGAGACAAGUACAAGACUCUGCGACAAAUCCGCAUGGGCAACACCAAGCAGAGAAUAGAUGAGUUUGAAGCCUUGUAGAGACUGAUAUCAUCUCUGAAUAACCUCAACCAAAACAAAACAUCUGGCUAGUUCACAGUGGUCUUACUUUCCAUUUGGUGUCCAAGUAACUGUUAUUUAGCCUUUCUUACUGUUAUUUAAUCAUGAUAGGUUUAUUGGACAGGAUUGUAUUUUUAAAGAUUCCUAUGGUUGGAUAAGGUGUUAUGAAGUGGAGCAACUUGGGAUUAGGAUUCUUGUGAUUGUGGUUACAGGGAGCUCCAAACACAGCUCUAACCCACUGAAAUGCAUCUCACCAUAUACUUACCAACUGUUAAACACCACUUUUUAUGGGGUUUAGAUUACAUUAGGCAAGAUACAUUCAGCCAAGAUAUUUAUACUUACUGUGCCAUAGCUUUUUAAAACACCCUAAUUUAAAAAGUUUCCCUUUUCAUUGUAGUCUUUUUUAAAAUAAUGCUUUUUGCCAGAGAUGUAUAAGGAAAAACAUCAUCCUGUAAGAUUAGACUGGCUGCUAAAGAGACCAAAUGCAUUCAAUAUUCUCUGCAAAUAUAUUAUUGGAAUGGAAAGGACUUGGCUUGCCAUUUUUUCUUAUUUACACUACAUUUGAUUUUGAUAAAGUUUUAAAAUAAAUAAAAACAAAACAAAACACCAA